AGGAGUAUUUUCUUGUUUAUCUUUUUUUUUUUUUGAACGGAUUUUCUUGUUUAUCUAAUUGAAUUCAAAGUAGCUACUCGAGGCAUUUUCUGCACCAUAGAGUAUAACUAUUAAUUCCAUGUGGGGGUGAAAUAGUAAAAUUUUAAAAGCAUUUUUAGAACAACUUUUUUUAAUUAUUCAUAUACUCAGUCCAUUUUGAGAUUAUAGACAUAUAAACUACAUUAAAUUGAGUAAUGGGGAGACGUGAAACAAUGUGCCUUUGUGAGAAAGGAGGUGUAUAUUUUCAAAAGUAUUAGGGAUGAAAUUUCAAGCUCAAAACUUCACACAUCCACAUGUUCCCUACUAAAAAUUUCCAUGAUUUGGAAUCAAUCAACUAAUUGAAUCUGAAUCCUUAUUUUCACCAUGCUAGCUAAGGUCAAUAAUUCUUAACAAAAGACAUUAGAGGAAAGACCAACGUAAUAGACCUGCUUAAGACUUGAGAAUGAGAAUAAUUACUAAAUAACUCUAGCUUGAUUUUCAAACUAGAUAGAAAAUUGAGGCCAUUAAACACCAUAAUUUACUCCAAUGCAUCUAUAUAUCCAAGUCUCUUGCAGGAGACAAACCCAUAAUUUACUCCAAUGCAUCUAUAUUUCCAAGUCUCUUGUAGAAGACAAACCCGUACUCUGAAUCAGUCUACCUUCCUGCCCUUAUAAAUACAGGUACUUCUAACACUUGUAACCUACAACAUAACACACAGCAAACUGGUAAACACAAUACCCAAACACAAUGGCUUCACGUGCCUUCAGUUUCUCUUCUUUGGCUGUGCCACUGCUUCUGGUUGCAAUCUUGAUCCUUUUAGGUUCUCCUGCCCAAGUUGCAGCUGAAACGAAGCUAUCAUCACGCAAGGCAUUACCAAAACAGCCUAAAGUCCAACCCUCAUUGGCUCCUACACCUACAUCUUCCUGUGAGCCCCCGUCUAAUACCCCUUUUACACCAAUAACACCAUCCUCUGUCAAUCCUUCUCCACCACCAGACUUCCCUUUUACCCCAGAAUCCCCUUAUUCUCCAUUCCCUCCGGAAUUUCCUACCCCACCUCAAUAUCCCUUCCCACCUGACUCUCCUUUCCCUCCGGAAUUUCCUUCCCCUCCUUUGAAUCCAUCCCCGCCAGACUCUCCUUUCCCUCCGGAAUUUCCUUCCCCACCUAACUCUCCUUUCCCCCCAGAAUUUCCUUUCCCACCUAACUCUCCUUUUCCUCCAGAAUUUCCUUCCCCGCCUUACUCUCCUUUCCCCCCAGAAUUUCCUUCCCCACCUAACUCUCCUUUCUCUCCAGAAUUUCCUUCCCCGCCUUACUCUCCUUUCCCCCCAGAAUUUCCUUCCCCACCUAACUCUCCUUUCCCUCCAGAAUUUCCUUCCCCGCCUUACUCUCCUUUCCCCCCAGAAUUGCCUUCCCCACCUAACUCUCCUUUCCCUCCAGAAUUUCCUUCCCCGCCUUACUCUCCUUUUCCCCCAGAAUUUCCUUCCCCGCCUUACUUUCCUUUCCCUCCAGAAUUUCCUUCCCCACCUUACUCUCCUUUCCCUCCAGAAUUUCCUUCCCCACCUUACUCUCCCUUCCCUCCAGAAUUUCCGUUCCCCCCAGAAACUCGUUCCUCAUCCCUAAGCAGGGAAAAGAAGCAAACACCAGCUAAAAAAACCCAGAUUAAACCUCCAGCCAAAAACGGAAACUAAUAUGCCUGGCCUUAAUAUAUGAAGAUAACCUAAGGGGAAUAGCAGGGUAUACAGCAUAAAGAUUCUAUCAAUUAGCAGCAUACAUUAUUAUAUAGCCAGCUUACUAAGUUGGAAUGUACUCCAAGUAUAUGCUUAGUAAAGAACUCGAGAGUUUAUGUAAAACAAGUCAGUGCAGAUGUGUAGUGACUCCCUCCCUCUUUAACUUUUGUACUGAAAUUUGCAUACUAUGUAUCAAAUAUGUCUUUAUAUAGCAUUGGAAUUACUAAAUUUGUUUUGCUUAA